AUGAUUGUUGUCUGGUUAGACAAACAAGAGAAAGGGUUAGUGGUUUUCAUAGCAUUUGGAAGCAAAGUCCAACCAAGUCAACAAGACUUUAUCGAGUUGGCUCUUGGGAUAGAGCAAUCGGGAUUGCCCUUCUUUCGGGUUCUAAGCAAACGAAGUUACUCAGUUGCAGGGGACUUAGUUGAACUACCAGAAGGGUUCGAGGUUCGAACCAAAGAUCGUGGUGUUGUUUCGACGAGUUGGGUGCCUCAGUUAAGGAUAUUAGCUCAUGAUUCAGUAGGGAGAUUUCUGACCCACUGUGGCUGGAGCUCAGUAUCAGAGGCACUCAAUUUUGGACAUGCACUUAUUAUGUUGCUCUUCUUUGUGGACCAAGGAUUAAUCGCUCGGUCCUUGGAAGAGAUGCAAGUAGGAAUUGAAGUACCAAGAAAUGAGCAAGAUGGGACAUUUACGAGGGACUCAGUGGCUAAGAAAUGGAAGUUGGUGAUGCAGGAUGCGGAGGGACAAAUUUAUAGGGACAAAGCCAAGGAAAUGGCCACCAUAUUUGGGGACAAGGACCUUCAACACCAAUACAUUGAUAAAUUUGUAGAGUUUCUUGAGAACAAGAGGCAUGUUUCUUAA